AGCAUAUUCUAUGGACUAGGUUUGACCAUUCAGAUCGCUAGUUGUGUCCAUUUUGUUAGGUGAUUGGAGAGUAUCUCAUAUUCGCAGUGAUUGGUGCUGGGACAGUUCUUACAAACGCGGGUUUUGUAAUUCUACUGUGUAAAAUGCUGUAACUACAUAUCUGCAAAUAAAUAAAACUGAUAAGGAAGUGUGCACACCACCAAUCAUGUCCGUUUUCUUCGUAAAUACCGCUGAAGGGGAGAGUGAGCCUGAUGCAUCUUCAGAUGGUAAUUCAAACCCACAAGCGCAGUCGGAGGCACAUCAGGCAUUGGCUACGUUUUGGGAUCGUGUUACAGAUGAAAUAAAAAAGAUUGGAACGAUGGACUUGAAAACGCAAGCACUGCCUUUAGCCAGAAUUAAGAAGAUAAUGAAAUUAGAUGAAGAUGUUAAAAUGAUAAGUGCCGAGGCGCCAAUGCUAUUUGCUAAGGCUGCUGAAAUCUUCAUUCAUGAAUUAACGUUAAGAGCAUGGAUACAUACUGAGGACAACAAGAGGAGGACAUUACAGAGGAAUGAUAUUGCUAUGGCUAUCACAAAGUAUGAUCAGUUUGAUUUUUUGAUUGACAUUGUUCCUAGAGAUGAGCUAAAACCAAAUAAAUCUAGGGAUGAUGGUGCAGUUCGAACGACUUCAAUGAAUCCUGAUCAGGUACACUACUACUUUCAACUAGCUCAGCAACAUCAAGCAGCUCUCCAGCAGACAAAUCAACAAACUGGAUCAGCAAAUCAAGCAACUAUUCAGAUAGUACAGCCUGGACAGGUUCAGACUGUUGCUAUUCCUAAUGCUGCAGUUGAGCAGGUGACACAAGUUGGGACAAACUCCGCAACUACAACAACGGUGGCUGCACAGCAGCAUCAGGCAGCUGCACAGCAGCCAGCGCAGGUCAUCCAGCUGCAGCAGACAGGGCAGGUCGCUGCUGCACAGCCCGCAGGCGGGAUACAGAUAGUCCAGCAAAUUGUUGCCCCCUCUGGGGACAUACAGCAAGUACCGAUUCAGUUAACUCCGCAACAACUACAAAUGAUAAGAAUGCAGAUGCAAGGUGGUACAAAUCAGCCAAUUAUAAUUCAGACGGCCCCACUACAGACGAUACAGCAGGCAGGGCAGCCACAGAUCAUACAGGUUGCCCCGCAGUCUGGAGGGGGGACGCCUGUUUAUCUGACUCAAGCAGCUGAUGCUACAAAUGGGGAAAAUGAGUAAUUAAGGGCACUCAGAAUAUUUUAUAAUGUGAAUUGUCCACAGUGAAAUGGACAGACUUCAAAUAAACCUAUCAAGUUGCUGUGAACUUUAAAAUUUGUGACCACAAAUGCGUGUGAAUGUUGGGAACCACCAGCUACCCUCGAUAGUUAUUCCUGUAUGCUAGCAUACUGCGAACUUGGGAAACAAUAUAUGUUGGGAACCACCAGCUACCCUCGAUAGUUAUUCCUGUAUGCUAGCAUACUGCGAACUUGGGAAACAAUAUUCUCACACCCAUGUUCCACUGGCUCAUUCAAAGAGUUUAGUGUUAUUUAUAUUUAAAUGACGACUGUUUUCAACUUUUGACUUUUGUACAGAAGGAAUGAAGUGUGUUUCAUUUAAAGUAUGUUCUACUUAAUUGUAUAUGCAUGUGUGAGUGUGAAUGUGCAAUAACUGGAAAUUUGUAGGUCCAGAUCAAUCUACAUAUGUAACAUCCAAAUGCAAUAAUUGUGCAGUAAUUUAUUUUGUGUAUAGUUGUAAUAAAAGUUUUCAUAUAACAAC